GGAUCUUCGGAAUCUUCACGAUUUUACCCGGCCGAUCAAUUCCUAAGAGCUCACUGGUAGCGCACGAUUCGGAAAGAUUCACUCAUACACGGGAAUUGGUGGUCCUGUUGAGAGUUCGAAAAACCCGCUAUUGUACCUCGCAUUGUAUCAACAUCAAUCAGAAGAGGUGCGUAGUGUUCGGAUUAAUCUGCAAAGAUGUCGGAUAAACGUACCUUGGGCAAGCGAUUGGGACAGCGAGUUGGUAAAGAGGCGAUCGUUCUGGGAAGAAUCACGGAGAAAAGUGCAAAUGGCAUGAACAUAGAAUUAACAACGACAGAUAACGCCUUAAUCAACGUGACAUUACCCCAGCCACUUGAUCACAACGCUUCAGGUUACAUAGAAGUACGCGGUACGGUGAAAUCAAAGUCUACUCUAUUAUGCAAGAACUUUGUAUGCUUUCCUCCUGACAUAACAAAAACCUUUGAUGAGACGAAGUACAACAACAUCAUGAAUAUAAGACAUGCGAUAGGCGAUCAGUUGGAUGGAAUAUUCUACGAAGAAUAGAGUAAAACCAACUAGUGCCUAAGAUAUGUGAAAAUUAUUUACUGUCUUCAUUGUUUACAUUUUUACAUUCCAUUAAACAUACUGGCAUGCUUUCCGUUAUAACAAAAAAGAAAUGCUGUUGUGAAGAAAAUCAUCAGAAACAUAAUUCCUUUCUCUGUACAUGAAGCGUGUAUAAGUACACCCGAUAAGUAUACAAAUUACAAGAAUUCCUGAAAUCAUGAAAGAGCCAUUGCCAUCUUUGUACGGAAAUAUGAGAGAAUUUCUGUCUGCAUGUUCUGUCUCUUUAUUUCGCUGACGUAUCCAAUGAUAAACAACGGCAGGUGCAAGAUGUAACUGGGCAUUCAGAAUGUUGUCUAAAAAAAAAAAAGAGAGAGAGAGAGAUCAUCACAUAGAAAUAAAUAAGCGUUGCAAACUUCCCCACAC